CUCUGUCAGCUCAAAUUAAAGCGAUCCACCACUUUUCUUUUUACUUUAAUUUUCUUUCCUCACAAAGCCCAUAAAGACUUUUGUUACUUUUCUUCAUUCCCCCCUUCUAUAUUUAACUUUCUUUUUAAUCAAACCAUGGCGCAGACAAAGGGAAAAAAGCUCUGAACCUACUCAGGCCUGAUAAAGAAACCUUAGUUUAACUGUAUACAAUGAGUACGGCGGCAGCGACGGCGGCGGCAACAGCUACAACACAAACGAAAUUCAUAAAAUGUGUUACAGUUGGGGAUGGAGCUGUGGGAAAGACUUGUCUCCUUAUAUCUUAUACAAGCAACACUUUUCCAACCGAUUAUGUUCCUACUGUUUUUGACAACUUCAGCGCCAAUGUAAUGGUUGAUGGGCAGACUGUCAAUUUGGGUUUAUGGGAUACUGCUGGUCAGGAAGACUACAACAGGCUAAGGCCUCUAAGUUAUAGAGGCGCUGAUGUGUUUCUUCUUGCUUUCUCCCUUAUUAGUAGGCCCAGCUAUGAGAACGUAUCGAAAAAAUGGGUUCCAGAGCUGAGACAUUAUGCUCCAAGAGCGCCGAUUGUUCUUGUGGGGACAAAACUAGAUUUAAGAGAUGACAGACAGUUCCACUUGGAUUAUCCUGGGGCGUGUACUAUUUCUACAGAACAGGGUCUUGAACUGAAGAAGCAAAUAGGAGCACUGGCAUACAUAGAGUGCAGCUCAAAGACACAGCAGAAUGUUAAAGCUGUAUUUGAUGCUGCUAUCAAGGUUGUUCUUCAGCCUGCAAAGAAAAAGAAGCAAAAGAAGAGAACAGGUAUAUGCCUUGUUCUCUAACCAGAAAUUCCCAAGUAGAAAAGCCAGUGUGAAGUUGACAAUGUGAUUCUCUUCUUAUAAUUCUGUGCAUUCUUGAUCUUGUUUAUUACAAAUCUUUUUCGAGUUGAUUUUGAGUGCUUGUUGUCCUUCUGAGGCAGGGAGUUUGCAAUAGUUUGAUCAGUGUGAACUCCACUUGUGUAUUAUCUUCAAGAACUCAAGGGUGUUUGGAUUUUGUAUAUUGACUGCAUAUCGCAAUGAUUUGAUGUGAAUGAAAAUAUCAUCCAUAAACAA